GUCAAAAAAGUGUGGUUCGUUGUCGUUGUCGAUCGCAUUUUGUAUGCAUUUUGUAAAUAAAUAUUCAAAAUGACUAUUGACUUUCGAGGUUUUGAAAAGAAUUCUUCAGAUGAAAGUGGCAGUGACUCUAGCGAAGCAAUCGAUGAAGAAUAUGCUACGGAUGAUGAUAACGAUAGUACAGGAAACAACGACCAAGACAUGAGUAGUAAUGAAGCUGGUGCGCUGGAAGCACAAGAAGUAGAUGAUGAUGAUGAUGAGGAUGAAGUAGUCAAGGCGAUAAAGGCAGAGAAAAAUAAGCCACGUGAUCAUCCUCCUACCAUAACUUGUGAGGACUUCAUUGUAGACAUUUCAUUUAAUCCAGCGAAAAAUUUGAUCGCUCUAGCCAAUAUUAUGGGAGACGUCUUAUUGUAUGAGUACAAUGAUAAUGAAACAAAACUUGUUAGUACAUCGGAAUUGCAUCUUAAAGCAUGCAGAGAUGUAGAAUUUGAUGCUGAAGGUACAACUAUGUACACCACUGCCAAAGACAAGGCUAUAAUGGUUACAGAUGUUGAAACUGGGAAAUUAAAGAAAAACUAUGAAAAUGUACAUGAUGAACCUGUCUAUUCUUUGCUAUGUUUAGACAAUAACAAAAUUGUAACAGGGGAUGAUGGAGGUACUGUCAAACUGUGGGACAUGAGAAAGCCUGAUCCCAUAUUCAGUAUAAAAAUUGGUGAAGAGCAUGUAGCAGACAUGAUCACCAAUGAUGCACGGAAGUAUUUGGUGUGUGCUGGUGGCGAUGGUGUAUUGACCUCUAUUGAUCUAAAAGGAAGCAAAAUUUACUCAACAUCGGAAGAUUAUGAUUCAGAGCUAACAUGCAUGGGACUGUUUCGUUCAGACACAAAGCUGCUAGUGGGCUCUUCUAAAGGAAAAAUGUAUUUGUUUAAUUGGAAGGAAUUUGGCUUGCACAGUGACGAGUAUAUUGGUCAAAAACACUCAAUUUCUUGUAUGAUACCUAUUACUCAAAACAUUGUAGUGACCUCUGGUGAAGAUGGAGUACUAAGAGCAGCCCAUAUGUUUCCUCAGAGACAGUUAGGCGUUGUAGGACAGCAUCGCCUACCCGUUGAGUGUUUAGAUAUUAGUCAUGAUGGCUGCUAUAUAGCCUCAUGCUCACAUGAUAAUGAUGUCAAGUUUUGGAAUAUUUCGUACUUUGAAACUAUUGACUCUAUUAUUGAUGUUAGUCAAAAACAGAACAAGAAAAAAGACAUGAGUAAUAAUUUGCCAUCUAGUAGUGUUAAAAAUGCAUCUGAUUUUUUCUCUGGACUAGCCUAAUAUGUUACUUACUUACUUACUUCACUGGCUUAGUGGACCAAACAGGAUCUUGGCCUCCGGCACAAGAGAGCGCCACUCUGCCCUAUCCUGCGCCACUUUACGCCAGUUGGGUAUUCCGAGGGCGAACAGGUCUUUUAGGACUUCGUCACUCCAGCGGUAUCUGCGAUGACCAGACGGACGUUUUCCACCCGGGUGCCCCACAUACGCUCUUCUCACGGCACGAUCCUCUCCCAUCCUCUCUAGGUGACCGAGCCAUCAGAGUCGUGUGGCUUUGAUCUCGCCAAUUAUAUUGCGCAUCGCAACCAGCUCUUCUAGCUCCCUAUUCUUCCUACGCCUCCAAGUUCCAUCUUCAUCCCUGAUAGGUCCAAGAAUCUUCCGCCCGAUUUUCCUCUCCGCCACUAAGAGCUUGCUCUCUUCUUUCUGAGUCAGAGUCACAGCUUCACACCCAUACAUCAAAAUCGGCCUAAUUACAGUCUUGUAGACACGAAUCUUGGUUGGUCUACUGAUCAGCUUGGACACUAAAACUCAACCAAGAUACCUAAAAUGAUCCACACCUUUGUAGGUGCCGUAGGUGGUUGCUCCAACUACUAGGUCUUCUCUAUCAGCUCUGGUGUUCUUGUACCUUUUUAAUUGGAUAUAUUCUGUUUUCUGGUGGUUGAUUCUGAGACCUAUCUUCUCCCCUUCCUGCUCCACAAUUCUAGCCAUGGCCUCCAGGUCCCUUUUGUUUUGCGCCAAUAGCCCCAGGUCAUCAGCAUACCCAAUGAUCUUAUGUCUGCCGUUCAACUCUAUACCCCCAUCAUGCAUAAGUAUAUUUCGGACGACGUAUUCGAGUGCCAAGUUGAAUAGCAUUGGCGAAAGGGCGUCUUCCUGCUUCAGGCCUGUGACAACUUAAAAUUCAGCCGUCAGUUCUCCGCAAGCUGUUACCCUCAUCUUGCUGACUUUGGUAGCGACAAUAAUCAUUUCCACUAAUUUUUCUGGCACUUUAAUGUACCGCAAAAUCUUAUACAGUGUCUCUCUGUCAACACUGUCGUAUGCUUUGGCAAAAUCAACAAAUAACAUGUGGAUGUUUAGCCUAAUAUGUUAAGAAGUAAGAAUAUAAAUUAAGUUAAGUACCUAACAAUUUUUUGUUUUUACUAUUCUUUCUUCCUCGCGUUGCCACGGGUCAUGGAAGCCUGGGGUCCGCAUGACAACUAAUCCCAAGAUUUGGCGUAGGCACUAGCUUUUACGAAAGUGACUGUCAUGUGACCCAUAGAAAUAGGACAUGUCUCUGAUCUGACCUUCCAAC